GAAUCGUCAACACGCAGCUGGCUGGCGUCCCACGCUUCUCCUCAACUUCGGGAAGCACUUGAACUAGAAAACGCUCGGGUUGUUCUUCUGGUUGAGAGUCCAACUGCCAUGCCGCACUGCCGAGUUGCUUUGGCAGGGCGUGUCUUCAAAAGCGACGUGUAUCAUUCGAUUUAUGUAGGUCGCACGUUUGGGGUUUUCGUUAACAGUGAAGUCAACCCCAACUAUCAAAGCCCCAAUUUCAAUUGUUCGGGUCCCCUCAGCAGGAAACAUGUUGCUAAGCGACCGAGUAGCGGGGGAUUCGCUUGUUUUUUUGACAACUCUGAUCCAUUCACUUAAUCCCUACCGCCGCGCUGCUGCGAUAACAAGACAGAGCCAUUUUGGCCUACUUACGGCACAGAGGAGCGGAUGAACACAGAUGGUAAGAAUCUUAUCAUCGCUGCACUACUGCUUUGGUCAUAGCAUCUUUCCGGUUGUGGUUUGUUUGCUCUGAGAGGUAUGUAGGUUUGGACGGGAAUGGCGCCUAUGAUCCAUGAUCGGGUACGUCUGGAUCAGGUCAGCAAUGGGUUUGUGCUGCUAUAUAC